AUGCGGUCCCCAGCGUCUUCCCGUCGGGCAAGUGCUCUCCACAAACUGUGUGACAGCUGCCAUGCCUGUGGACUGUCCAAGGUCAGAUGCUCCAAGGAGAAACCGACCUGCUCCCGAUGCCGCCGACGGGGGACUGCCUGUGAGUAUGUUGUGACCAAACGUCCCGGCCGCAAACCAGACAGUCGAUCUGGGGGAGAGCCAAAGUCCGUACACUUGUCUCACACCUUACCCUCGCCUGAGUCCUCGACUGAGAUCUCUCAUGGCAAUUUUCCGGAUCCGGACGCCUUUGAUCCACUCUUCGCCUUGCCGGAGCCGUUCGACAGCACACCCGAACUGCAUUCAGGUCCCUUGUCCACGGUUGACUCGAGCUUAUCCUCUGCACUGACCACCUGGUGCCCCGAUUUUGAUGACUUUUUCUCCUUCCCUGUCUCCACCGAGGACCCAUUUUCUGGAGACUGUGGUGCUGUCUAUGACGGGGCGAGCAAACAUCCGCCGAACCUCCGUCGCCGCAGCGAGAGCUCUCCCACUGUCCCAAACGACACGAUCUAUCUGUUUGGCAAGCCAGUGGAUCCCUCUCCUUCAGACCAAUCACUGCCUCCGACAACUACAAUCGGCAGGAGAGCCUCUCCCACUUCGGGUAAAGAAUCACAGGCAGACUUCCGUCGCUCAUCCUGCCGGUGCUUACUCCGUGCCCUUGACCUACUCAAGCAAUUCGAGGUCAUUCGCAGAGAGACGGAUAUCGAAACCAUUUUACCCUCGAUCGACGGCGUAGUUGAAGUAAACAAGCAGACAACGGAUGCUAUUACCGGGAUUUUACAAUGUCCAUGCUCGCAAAAAGACGGCUACCUCCUCGUCCUCCUGGCCUUGAUUGUCUGCAAGAUCUUGGACCGGUACGCCGCUGCCGCGAUACCAGAAAAAAAGCAGAACCGCGAUCCCAGCUGCAGGCUCGAUGAAAGCCCGGUGGCGGGGCAGCGGGUGCUUGGCGAGCUGCACUGUAUCCAACGGGUGGUGAACCAGCUUGGACCGAGACUCAAAUCAUAUGGAGCACAGGGUGCUUCUCUGGGACAUCUGUAUCACGGGACGGACGCCCCCUUGUCGGUCGGUGUAGGGGAUCAGUUGGAGCCGGAGUUGCAUAAGCGGUUGAGUAAAUUAUCGUCUGAAAUUAUCAGUCACCUACGUGAAGCUCAAUAG